ACCUGUAUGUCCCAUGUAAAGUUCGAUUAUUUUGCAGAGAGGCAAACGUUAUGAAAUGAACGCAAGGCUUUUAGGGUAAAAUUACAGCCUCUCCCAUCUGAUUCUUUCCUGUUUGUUUCAGGAAAACCUAACCAUUUCAGACAUUAUUUAUUAUUAUCCUCUGGAGUCGGGCAAGAAUCUAACUUUAGAAGUCUCAAUUUCCCAGGUUUUUCUUUUGUUGUGAAGCAAUGGAAUUUCGUGAAAUAGGAGAGUGUGGAACUGUGAGGAGGAGAUGGGAGGACAUGGACAUUGAUAUCUUGGUGAAGAUAUUUCAGUCAUUGACUGUGUUUGAAUUAACUUCAGGCAUUGCUCAUGUUUGUAGCACGUGGCGCUUGGCUGCUUGUGAUCCUUUUCUGUGGAGAACUCUUGAUUUGUCCAUGUUGAAAUCUAAUUUCAUCAAAAUCCCAUUAGAACCUUAUGUGUAUGUGCAUGGUGACUCUGAUAAGACAUUGACUCAAUUCUUGAAGAUUGCAUUAAGUCUCAGCCGUGAAAAUAUAACAUCGUUGUUCUUUCACUUCAAUUUGUAUGUGAGCGAGGACCACUUGACUUAUACUGCUCAAAGGUGCCCACGCCUUAAAAGACUUGUUUUGCCAGCAUGGAAUCGAGUAGAGAAUAAAAUGAUUGAAGCUAUUAAGCUGUGGAAGGAUCUUGAAUCCCUGACAAUGCCAAGCAUAGUGGAUUCCCCUCUUCUUGUUCAGGCAAUUGCUACUAAUUGCAGGAAAUUCAGUGAACUCAAGAUCAUGGGCCCGUUUGACAUUUAUUUCGCUUCCUCCCUUGUUACCUAUCUUCCAACAUUGAAAGUUUUGAGCCUUCGAUGCUCAAUGCUAUAUAAGGACACAUUGAUCUUCAUCUUGGAUAAUAUGUGUUGCCUAGAAGUGCUCAACAUAUCGCAUUGCCUUCUAAUAGAAGUCCCAACACCUCCCGCACCAAGAAGAAUUGUUAGGCAGCUUGAUAAAACUAUCCUGGAGAAGGCUUCUCAUUUACGCUACUUCUUAGCCUGCAUGAGUGACACUUGCAUCAUGUGCCAAAAAACAAGAAAUGACGAAGGGCUCAUGCGGUGGUACAAGUACGACGAAGGGCUGUGGAAGGAAGAUGAGAUCAGCUCUCUUGCUCUUUGAUUUGAGCAUUUUAAGACCAGACCAAAUUAUAGCGUGCUACAAGUUCCACCACUAUAUGUCCACGUAUCCUUUUUCUUGGUUAUUCUUUCACUGCAUACCAGGAACAGAAGAAGACAACGUUGGAGGAAGCAACUAAGGGCAUUCUGUCUAUUUUAUGUUGGUUGUGGUGAUAAAAUGCCAAACUCUGGGUGGUUGUGGAGGGGCUGAAGAUUUGCUGUUACUGCUGAUAAAUGUAUAUAUAUACAUGAUAAAUUGCAAUUUUUUUAGUUGUUCCUAGGGCACCCUCUUUUUUUAUUUAUGGUU